AUGAAACUCAGAUACAGAAUAUAGCUUUCCAAGACUUACUUGAUAAAGACGAAAAGACAGAGUUGAUUAGAAGCUAUAAUGAGGAAACUCAUAAUGCGAGAGGGACUCUUGUUAAGCAAGAUAACCUCCAAAUUUCAAAGAUUGUAGAAGGUGAAGGCAUUCAAAAUCAUUUUUUCCCUGAAUACAUUAUCCAGGAGUGAGCCAUUCCUCCUAUAAAUAAUGAUACACCUGAGGGUCAGUUUCUGUAUUCACAAGAGUUUGUGGUGGUUAAAGACAAGUUCAAGCUUGGAGCUAAAGUAUUCCAGGCGAAUAACUCCAAGAAGGUUGAGAUAUCUCUAAGAAUCUACAAACCCAACGCUCGAGAGAAGCAAUACAAGGUUUUGCUGUACCACCCUGGAAGCCAAGAUUUAAUUGAUGAGUUUACCUUGUCUUUAGACAAGAACAAACAAGCUGAGAACCAUAUUUUGAUGACUUCAACAAUGAACUUAAACUUCGAAAAAUUGAAAGCAGACGAUGGGCGCAUAAUCUUCCUGCUUAAGGUCCGUCCAGCAAGCUAUUUGCAGGUAACUUUAGACCAACAAGACUAUAUUGAGCAACUAGAGAGAGCCAAUGCAGAGUCUAGUCUCUAAUUGAAUAGUCUUUUUCCAAAACAUUUAUGAGGAUUUCCAGUGUUUCUUAUUUCUAACACUUUAUUCAUGCUGUCUCA